CCAAGUUCCCCAGAGCAAAUGUGGCUACUCCACGUCAAGAGCUGGAAAGAAGAUGUAGAGACAGGAGGAAAACAACAGUGCAGAGGAUGCCCAGCUGGCAUAUGUGUGUAUAUCAUCUCUCUUUCCCUGCUUGUCUACGCCCAAGAGAACUGGAAGAAAUGAAUGUCGAACCCUCACCAUAUCCCACUUUACCGUGCUGUCCUGACCCUUUCAUCCAGCGGUUUGUGGACACUCCUGCCCAUUUUUCCUGGAAAGAAAGUUACUAUCGCUCCACCAUGUCUCAGAGUUCACAGACAAGUGACUUCCUCAGCCCCGGCGUCUUCCAGCACAUUUGGGACUUCUUGGAUCAGCCCAUAUGCUCUGUACAGCCGAUUGAUUUGAACUUCAUGGAUGAGCCUACAGCUAAUGGCACCACGAACAAGAUUGAAAUCAGCAUGAAUUGCAUCCGCAUGCAGGACACCGACUUGAGUGACCCAAUGUGGCCACAGUACACAAACCUGGGGCUCCUGAACAGUAUGGACCAGCAGAUCCCAAAUGGCUCCUCAUCCACCAGCCCCUACAACACGGAUCAUGCCCAGAACAGCGUCACAGCGCCCUCGCCCUACGCACAGCCGAGCUCCACAUUUGACGCCCUGUCACCCUCUCCUGCCAUCCCCUCCAACACAGACUACCCAGGACCCCACAGCUUCGAUGUCUCAUUUCAGCAAUCCAGCACUGCCAAGUCAGCCACCUGGACGUAUUCUACAGAGCUGAAGAAACUGUACUGCCAGAUAGCAAAGACCUGCCCCAUUCAGAUCAAGGUGAUGACCCCUCCGCCGCAAGGUGCUGUGAUACGGGCAAUGCCCGUGUAUAAGAAGGCUGAGCAUGUCACAGAGGUGGUCAAGCGCUGCCCCAAUCAUGAACUGAGUCGGGAAUUCAAUGAAGGACAAAUUGCCCCUCCUAGUCAUUUGAUCCGAGUAGAAGGGAACAGCCAUGCACAAUAUGUAGAAGACCCCAUCACAGGAAGACAGAGUGUGCUGGUACCUUAUGAGCCACCACAGGUUGGCACAGAAUUCACAACGGUCUUAUACAAUUUCAUGUGUAACAGCAGCUGUGUUGGAGGGAUGAACCGCAGACCCAUUUUGAUUAUCGUCACUCUGGAGGCUAGAGAUGGGCAGGUCCUGGGCCGCCGUUGCUUUGAAGCCCGAAUCUGCGCUUGCCCUGGCCGAGACAGGAAGGCAGAUGAAGACAGCAUUCGGAAGCAGCAAGUCUCCGACAGCUCAAAGAACGGUGAUGGUACGAAGCGCCCUUUCCGACAGAACACUCAUGGCAUCCAGAUGACGUCAAUCAAGAAACGGCGCUCUCCUGAUGAUGAGCUGUUGUACUUACCGGUUCGGGGCCGAGAGACUUAUGAAAUGUUGCUGAAGAUCAAGGAGUCCCUGGAACUCAUGCAGUACCUACCCCAGCACACCAUUGAGACCUACAGGCAACAGCAGCAGCAGCAGCAUCAACACCUACUCCAAAAACAUCUCCUUUCCACCUGCUUCAGGAAUGAACUCAUGGAGCCCUGCAGAGAUGCUCCGAAACAAUCCGACGUCUUCUUUAAACAUUCCAACCCCCCAAACCCAUCAGUGUACCCAUAAAACACCACCACUUCUGCCUCAUGGAGUGUGGGGUGGGGUGGUGUGUGUCUGUGUCAUUCAUUCAGCCCUGGGAAGCAGGAGUGGAGAGCACUUUGGUUCCGAGACCCCGAGCCACUAGUGAAAAUGAGCUCCUGAAGGGACUCAAAAUUCUACCCCAAAAGAUACUUCCUGCAGAUCCCAGCACCCAGAAAACAGUGUUCACUGACUGACUGACUGACUGACUGACCGACCUCUGAGCUGGAGAGCUGGCAUUGGUUGGCCAGGCACCACAAUGUACAAUAUUUGGUGGAACCCUUUUCUGUUACCUUCUGUCCUGUUUGUGACAUAAACUUGGGUGCUUUUGAGCUGGUCUCAAUCUUUUAAAAGCCUUUUUCAAAGAGGAAGAAAAACCACGUUUUUCAAAUGUUCUCAUUGUUCUAUGUCUAAAUAUCCAGCCAGUGCCUGAGAGCUUCAGUCUGGCCUGUCUAAUGUUGGUCAUGGAGUACAAUGGUAGCAGAAGCCAACUAGGAGGUUUAGAGUACAGCCCCACUGGGCAGAGAGGCAAUGAUGACCGAAAAUUGCUUAGGUGUUGUGUCCUAACCCCUAUCCCUGAGAAAAGAUGCAUCUUGAUGCCCUCCCUCCUUACCUGGUCUGGGGGUCCCAGGAGGCAUCCUUAAGGGCCUGGUGCUCCCUAGCUGGGUCUUCUUUAGUGUACAAUCUUCUUCCACCUAGGUUUUGAAAGACUUUCCUCAAAUUUUGUUUUACUUUGUUUUUUAACAGCCCAAGUUGAGCAAGUGUAGUCUGAGGUUUUGUUGAAAAGGAGGGCUGGACAAUUUCUGGAGCCAUAAUGCCCUGGGUUGGCCAGUCACUUGUCCUAAUGACUGUCCCAAGCUGUUUCUAUGAUGGAGGGUCUAAAGACCCUAUUCUGAAUAGAAAUGGGUCAGUUGAAUUGGGAGUAGAGCUUCCUGGUCCUCCCAUUAAGCCAGAUACAUAUUGGAUAUUGACUGAUGAUAUUUUCCCAGGAAGCUUUGUGUGUUGACAAAUUGAAAAAUGAUCCCUCCGUAGGAAUCAAACGCCUUCCUAUUCUAGAGGGUGUGGAAAAGCUAGCUUUCUUUUUAAACUUGAAGUGAGCAAGGGUUUAAAGAAUCUCCAUGUUUCUCAUACAUUUUAAAGAUGUUUUAAAUAAGGAAUCCCUGGGGGCUUCAAACAAAGUCCCUGCUUCUUUUCAAUCCCCAGCUAGUUGCUUUGUGUCAAAUGCAGAGCUGUCCUGUGAGGCUGUUGC